AUGGAGUUGGUCUGGAAGGACCUUGCAAAGGUCCAUGCGCCUUGUCGCCCGGCGAAGCGGUCGGAGCACGCUGAACAGCUGCGGAAGGGACCGGUGCGGGAGCACAUAGCUUUCAAGUUUGUACCGGGCACAUCUAAACGCCAGAGAAAUGGCAACGGUGCAUACAGGAGCGCGGUGGCUCAUCCAGAGCUCAACGGACUCCGGCCCGUCUUCUCGGUCCGGCCAACAAGGCACGGUGCUAGUCCGCUGCCAGCACCGGAGGCGAAUGACGAGGAUGCGAGAAGCGUCCUCAGUUCGUCAAAGUCUCAAGGGUUGCGAGGUGACGAGGCUUCGCAUGGGUCGCAGAGUCACGACGACACGCGCGGGUCGGGCCACGACGGCAGCCCCCAGACUCAGGAGCCAGGUGGCGACGACGAUACUAGCGGGUUGCACGUUCAAGUAGAUGCCGCAGCUGGCACUUUCGAAUAUCGACCGUGGCUCGGCUGCACCGAUGAAGCAACGGCUGUCUCUGAAUGGUACUACAUAUCGCCAUGUAUGCGACCACCGGAUGACGACGACGAGGCGGCGCCUGUCGAGCAUGACAUUGAGCUUGAAGUCAACAUGCCACCAAUAUAUGAGGUGACGAACGCCCAGGAACCCAGCGACCGAUCAACGGGGUGCGAUUCUUCGCUCGAUGUUGGUGUCCGCUAUCAGACCUUGACAGAGAAAUAUGAUCAGGUCCUACGAAUGUACGAUCAGGAAUUCUGCGUGAUACCUCUGAGCGGCGAUUGUCCUAGCAAUCCGUUCCGGGUGGACCUGCGUGCUAUCCGCCAUUACGAUUUCCUCCUCCAUGCUGUCAUGGCCGUUUCGACCCAACAUCUGGCCAAGAAGAACGACUGCGCGGUGCUGCUGGCUGAAAUGCACCAGCACUGGUCUACGGCACUCCAUCUCUUCAGCCAAAGCCUAAACAACCCCGAGGUUGUUCCUCUUCUAGAUACUUUGCUGGUUCUAACUACUCAAUCCGCAUCGGCCAUGUGGGCUGUGCACUUGAAUGGGGCAUACCAAUUGCUGCAGCAGUACGGGUCGUUGGAAAAAUGCCGCUACAACCCAAGAAUGCGCGCCCAGCUGGCAAUGCUGCUCUGGUGGGAUGUCACUAUCGCAUUGGUGGCAAGAAAAGAACCACGGUUUCCUGUGGCGUAUCUGGAUUCAUUCUUGAAAGAUGACAAGAAUGAUGGCUGGACUUUCUUCGACUUGAACGGUUGUCCCCUCGAGCUUCUACUGUCAAUGUCCCGCCUCGCAAAGCUGGCAUGCAUACAUGAGCAGACAUUGCAAAUGGAGUGGACCAUAUUUGACCGAUCGUCGGUCGACAUGGUGUUAACAGAAGUCAAAGACUUCACCAAUGAUGCAGAGGUAGGAUUCGAGGACCUCAACAACCUUGAGGAGGAGGCCAAUGUCCGGCGCAACAGAUAUCACUGUGACCCUUACCAGCUGCGACAGAUUGAUCACCUCGCGCGUGUUAUCCUCGACAGUGUGAGGUGUAUACCGGAGACGGAUAUACUUCAGAAGCAGCUUCUGCUUCCUGUGUUUCUCGCUGCUUGCGAGUCUUGUAGCGAGACAGACCGCGUCUUCAUUCGCCAGUAUUGCAAGCAUUGGAGCAAGGUUUCUCGGUUUUAUCAUUUCGAAUCCGCGGCCGCUGUCUUGGAGGAUAUCUGGAAAGACUGGUCGCUCUCCACAAGAAGCGUCUAUUGGUGGGGAGUCAAGGUCGGCAAUGGCGGUUUAAUGGGGUCUGGCGUCGAGGCUCAAGGCACUCUGGCCAUGGAAUUGCUCUUGGGAUGA